AUGUAUGCAGCAUGUUCUACAACAGCUCAAAGAGGUGCGCUUGAUUGGUAUAAACCAUUUCACGAUGCCACAAAGCCUGUAUUUGAAAAAUUAUAUGAAUCCGUUGCUAACGGAACAGAAACUAAAAGAUCUUUAGAAAAAAAUUCUUCGCCUAAAUAUCGCGAAGAAUUAGAGCAAGAAUUAAAAGAGAUUAGGGAAAGUGAAAUUUGGACAACUGGCAAAACUGUAAGAAAUCUUAGACCUGAAAGAAAGAAAUAA